AUGCAACUCACAAAGAAGAUUAAAAAGAGCAAUCUCUACCGAAAGUUGGUACCCAAGAUUCCGAUUAGAGAAGAGCUCCGAUUGAGUGCUUGGCAGAAAUUCAUAAAGUACCGACGUUUCCCGUUCAAAUUUUGCACCCAUAUGCUACUACUAAUUCUAGUAACGACUCAACUCUUUUUAUUUGCUGGAAAUAGAGAGGAUUACCUUUCUAAUGCAGGAAAAAUCAUUGCUAAUAAUUUUCUACCUCAAGGAUAUCUUUCUUUAAAGGAUGCCAAAACAGGAUUUAAUACUUUUUAUUUCGAUGAUUGUGAGGACAUUGUGAAUCACAUUGGAUGGACUGUGAAACAAUAUUAUGAUUUGAAAGAACGAGCUCCGACGUAUUUAGAAUUUGCAGCGAGGGAUGGAAGUGGUUCAUUUGUGUUAGGCAAUGCUAAAUCUGCUCGCUCGAAUUCCAAAUUUCAUGUGGAGAAAUUGGUUAUUGAUAAUAGCAAAUCAAAAAGUAAUGAGGAAAAAAGACAAUUAGCCCUCCAACAAUUAAUUGAGUCUAGAAAUCAUGCAACAGCAGCCUUGAUGAACACAAAACUAAAUUAUUCCUCUCCCAUAGAAAUGACAAUCACAAGAUAUCAAAACAUUUCAUACCCUAUUGAUGACUAUGUGAAGAAAUUGAACAAGGAUGUAGUUACUUCAACAUUUUUUCUCUCCAAAAACGAUACUUAUGGACCCUUUGAGAAAUAUGUCAAAGCAAGUGAGGAGACACCUCAAAAAACAUCUGCCUCUGACCAAGCCAUAAUUAUUGACAGAGAGGGACUACAAAAGUACAUGUUCAGUUUUACAGAAAUGACUUUGAAAUUUACUUACAAAAAUGUUUACACGAAAGGUAUUUUCCCAGAGUUACUGAUUUGGGAUAUUACAUUGAAUUAUGAUUUUGCAACAGGAGCAGGAAUAGUUCCUGUUACUUUGAGUUAUGAUGUUGGCCUAGGUGCAGAAACAUCAAAAGAUAUUUCAAUUUCUGUUCUAUCAUCUCCAUUGACCUGGAUUUCCUUGCUCAUUGUAAUCUUCUCUCUGUUUUCCUUGUUCUUAAUUGCGCGUGCGAUCUACAGAUCAUUUAAGUUUAUUAGAAAAGCCAUGAAAAAGGAUAGAAGUAUUUUCCAAUUGGUUUACCAAGAAAGUAACGAUAACUUGGACGAACCACAAAAUGAGCCACUCGUCAACGAAUCUACUCCUUUAAUUGGCAUUAAUUCGACACCACCAACAAAACCUGUUGAAGUCAAACCUUCAUUAUUGAAACGAUAUGACAACGACAUUUUUAAUGACAGUUUUACAGGAAGUGCUGUUAGCGGCAUGACUUUCACAAGUCAGUACUAUCAACAAAUGUUGGAGCAACACAAAUCCGAAUUACAUGAGUUACAAGAGGAAGAUGAAAAAGACGUUCAAGAUUCUUUGUUAAAAACCACCACUCCGAAACACAGUCCUGGAAUUCCAAGUCGAAUUGUCACUGGAGAGAUUGGUAAACCAAGUGCAGAACAAAUUGCGGAAGCCUCUCAAAAAAUGGGAAUGAAUUUCAAACCAGACCUAAAGCACAAGCUUAAAUUCUUUAAUCCUUGGCAUAUUCUGGGAAUUAUAUCCAACAUACUUUGCAUUGUUUCAAGCGCCAUGGUCUUUGCAAACGUAGCCUAUCAAUAUUUUUCAUUGGAUGCAACGAAUAUUCUACUUGGAUUGAGUUCAAUUUUUGUAUGGGCAAACAUUGUUCAAUACCUUUCGCAUAGUCCUAAAUUUUAUGUGCUUAUCAAGGCCCUUAGAAAAGGUUUACCAAAUAUUGGAAGAUUCAUCAUUGGUGCCGCACCAUUACUGAUUGGUUACGCUCUUUGUGGUAUGGUAUUGUUUGGCUCUUACACGUCAAAUUUUCAAGGAUUCCAAAAUUCCAUUGUCACCUUGUUUUCGGCUGCCAAUGGAGACAGUCUUAUUGAUGUUUUUUCAUCUCUCUACGGUCAAAAUAUUGUUAUUGCCUAUUUCUCUAGAAUUUAUUUAAUUACCUUUGUUUGCCUCUUCACUUAUAGCGUUAUUAACAUUUUCAUUCUCAUCAUGGAAGAUGCUUAUUUCAGCGUGAAAGAGAGCAACAUGAAAAAGGAUGCUGCAGAGGCAGCAGCUAAAGCGAUCCAAGAGUUCAAACAAAGUCAUGCAAAACAAGGCGAUCACCAUAAUGAUGAAGACAAUAGCACUAAUGUUGGACAUCAAUCAGAUACCAUGAGCAAAAGUUUCAAAAUUACUCCUCAUCAACAGGCAGAAGAUGUCGACGAGGAUAUGGAACGCCUUCAACAAGAGAGAUCCAAGAUUGACGAAUUGAUCAACUUAUUGAGCGAACUAAGAAGUGGACAACUUCUUGGUGAUCCAGACGAACAAGAUCCUCAAACAAUAAUCCAACAAAAGAGACUGAGUGAAAAACUUACUCGACUGCUCGUCACUCGAAACUUGAAGAAAAUAAGACGAAAGAAGAGUACUAGUGGAGAAGAGCCUUUCAAAACUGUUCUCAGCAGUUCAUUCAGAAAGGAACCAACAGGAGACGAGCCAAAAAAGAAGAAGGAAACAAAGUUCAAUUUGGAUCUCAAUGAAUCCAUUGACGAUGUUUCCAUUAUUGAAGGAGAUGAUGACGAUGAUCUGGGCUCUCCCCCAACACCAAGAAAUUAA